CUUUGUGCUUGGUGGGGAUUCUUGGCUGCGCCCGGAGGUUGAGUAAAGCUUGUUCUAGUGGGUUCGGUGUCCACGCCGCGGCUGGGGCGGGCACCGAUGCGGGCAUGCUGCAGUUUGGACCGCGCGGCGGGGCCGGGAGGCAACGUAGUAAAAACGCUACUUCGGUUCGCGGCGUGGUCCAGGCGCCGGACGUCUUUCGUCACAGGGAUGCCAAAGCGUGGGAAAAAGAGAGUGGCGGCCGAAGACGGGGAAGAGCCCCAGCGGGAGCCAGAGACCAAGAAGAGUAAGGUGGGAGCAAAGAAAAACGAGAAAGAGGCGACAGGAGACGGCGCAGUUCUGUAUGAGGACCCUCCAGAUCAGAAAACCUCGCCCAGUGGCAAAUCCGCUACAAUCAAGAUAUGCUCCUGGAAUGUGGACGGGCUUCGAGCCUGGAUUAAGAAGAAAGGUUUAGAUUGGGUGAAGGAAGAAGCCCCAGAUAUCCUGUGCCUCCAAGAGACGAAAUGUUCAGAAAACAAACUACCAGCUGAACUUCAAGAGCUGCCUGGACUUUCUCAUCAGUACUGGUCAGCUCCCUCCGACAAAGAAGGAUAUAGUGGUGUGGGUCUACUUUCCCGCCAGUGCCCACUCAAAGUGUCCUAUGGCAUUGGUGAGGAAGAACAUGAUCAAGAAGGCCGGGUGAUUGUGGCUGAAUUUGAGUCAUUUGUGCUGGUCACAGCCUAUGUACCUAAUGCAGGCCGUGGUCUGGUGAGACUGGAGUACCGGCAGAGCUGGGAUGAAGCCUUCAGAAAGUUUCUGAAGGGCUUGGCUUCCCGUAAGCCCCUUGUGCUAUGUGGGGACCUCAAUGUGGCUCAUGAAGAAAUUGAUCUUCGUAACCCCAAAGGAAACAAAAAGAACGCUGGCUUCACUCCCCAAGAGCGGCAAGGAACGCUGAUACAUGAUGAUAACCCGGAGGUGCCCCUACAUGAUUGUGAGGACCUGCUGGACAUCUCCCAGAGCCUCAACCUAGGAACGCUGAUACAUGAUGAUAACCCGGAGGUGCCCCUACAUGAUUGUGAGGACCUGCUGGACAUCUCCCAG